GGCGCCGAGGCGGAGCGGGGCGGCGGCUCAGCGCGCCCCCAUGGCCCUGGCGGCGGGGCAGCGGGCGCGGUAGCCGGGCUGCGGCUGACUCAGAGCUGCCCAGGGAGGGCGGGCUGGACAUGAGCCUCGCCGCCGGGCUCCGAGCGGCGGCCGGGGACUGAGCGAGCAACAAAGAAGUUUCUCCGGCGGCGCGGCGCUCCCUCAUGCACGCCCCCGGCCGCCCGCCCUGGGGCGCUGCCCGGCCGGCGGCCGGCGCCGAGCGGGCCAUGGAGCCCCGAGCGGGGCUGCACGGCAGCCCGGAGCUGAGCAUGGCCCCGCGGCUGAGCGUCGGGGAGCUGCGCUCCCUCUUCGAGGCUCGCUGCGCCGCCGUGGCCGCCGCUGCCGCCCGGCAGCUGCCCGACCCGGCCAAGAGGGGCUGCCGGCCCCCCAACGGGGUGCUGCCGCCCGUCAUUCCCCGGCUCACCGUCACCCCCGAGGAGGGCGAGGAGGCGCAGGGCAGCCCCAAGGCGCCGCCGUCGCACCCGGAAAGCGGCUGGUUGAGGACGGACAGCUCGCUGCACCUGCAGUCCCGCCGGCUUUCCACCUCCUCCCUGUCCUCCACGGGCUCCUCGUCCCUCCUCGAGGACUCCGAGGACGACGUGCUGAGCGACACGGAGGGCAGGAGCCAGGGCAUCGUGCACCUGGAGCACGGCGAGGAGUCCAACCAGAAAAAGGCAUGGAAUACUAUUAAAACCAUGGUGAACUUACCAGUGAUCAGCCCCUUCAAGAAACGCUACUCAUGGGUACAGCUGGCUGGGCAUACAGGAAGUUUCAAGGCAGCUGAUAGCGGAAAGAUUCUCAAACGCUUCUCAGAGAAUGAAAAGGAGUGUUUUGAGCGACUGAUGAAAGACCCACUACGCUCCUGCGUCCCUUGCUUCCAUGGUGUGGUGGAGAGAGAUGGAGAGAGCUACAUUCAGUUGGAUGACUUGCUUACUGAUUUUGAAGGGCCGUGUGUGAUGGACUGUAAGAUGGGGAUCAGGACAUACCUGGAAGAGGAGCUGACUAAAGCCCGUGAGAAACCAAAGCUGCGUAAGGACAUGUACAAGAAAAUGAUUGAAGUGGAUCCUCUUGCUCCCACAGCUGAGGAGAAUGCCCAGCAUGCUGUCACCAAGCCCCGAUACAUGCAGUGGAGGGAAACAAUCAGCUCUAGUGCCAACUUGGGCUUCAGAAUCGAAGGGAUUAAGAAGGCAGAUGGAACAUGUAACACAAACUUCAAAACUACAAAGACACAGGAGCAAGUUCUCCAAGUUUUUGUGGAAUUCAUUGAGGGCAACACAACUAUUCUGAAAAAAUACCUCAAGCGUCUGCAGGAAAUUCAUAUCAUUCUUGAAUCCUCGGACUUCUUCAAGCGACAUGAGGUCGUUGGAAGCUCACUACUUUUUGUACAUGAUGGCAGUGGGAAUGCCAAUGUGUGGCUGAUUGAUUUUGGAAAGACCACCCUUCUCCCUGACGGGCAGACACUGGAUCACAGGAUCCCCUGGCAAGAAGGCAACAGGGAGGACGGGUACUUGUUGGGAUUGGACAAUUUGAUUCGCAUCUUGGAGAGCAUCACUGAAAGAUGAGUUGAGAGUGGCACAAAACUUACAGGGCUGCUUUGUAACUUUCUGCUCUACUGGAAUCACUCGGAAGGAAACCUCUUUAACUCCCUCCAAACUCCUGAGGUCAUCACAGUGCAGAGGGAACUGCUUCCAGAGCCCAGCAGUUAGUUAUCAAAAUGACAUUUGCAUCAGCCCUCUGUGAACCUAAGUAACUAACUCCAGAUUGGUCUGUAUUGCACCAGCCUAACGUCAGGCUGGUCUUCAGAGAAUCAAGGUCUCCAUACUCAGGAAUCACACCAGCAUGAGUCAAGAGGUCUGUAUGGUAAACCAGAACGAUUCUGAUUUAUGGCAAACAGAUGGGACUCCAGAUUACCUCUUAGUGAACAAGAGCAAGUGACUGGGGAUUCAGGGUAGGAAUAACAUUUUUUCAGGGAACCGCAUAGUUUUGAAACCAGCAGGAGUGUUUUUUCCCUAGUUCCAAGUCUCCUUGCUCUUGUGCGUACUAUAGGUUGGACCAACAACAGCUGCUGUAUUGUGUUAUAGGUGUGCACAAGGUGGAGAUUGGUGAUAAUCAGAAGAAACCUGGAGCAAAGGGAGACAACAGUUUGUAGUAGCUGGAUGUGGUAACUUCUGUCGAUCAGUCCUCUCCCCACCCUAGCUUCAAUUCACUUCUGUCCAAGAACAGCCUUGCUUUUUAUGUAGCCUCUCAGGAGAUUACAGAUACGCUAGGGAGAGAAUAGCAGACUGUUGUCUCCAAAAACAUUUGACUUUCAGACUGGGUGGGCUGCUGGAAAAGUGCCUAGCUUGGCAAGUUUGGCCUCUUGUGGCUGAACUGCAGUUCUGAAAAUCAGUAAUAACACUCUGGCACACAGACUGGGGAACUAAGGGUUUUUUUUCAAGGCUUGUUUAUUUUUAAGCUAAAACCCCUAUACACAUGCACACAUCUGCACGCACUAGUAGCCAGCAACCACUGUGAUCUCUUCAGAUCAUAGUGUGACUGUCUUCUAAUGCACGUGAAAGAGGUGACUUCUUGGCCAUGUUCCUGUUCCCAAGUAUGAUGCUGUCACGUAAGUGUAUAGAUUGGAGCAGCGAUCAGGAAGGUAAUGUUUCUGCAUUCACAGCAUUACACUAAUGACAAUUCCUAGGCGUUCUUUCUCCAAGGUAUCAGCUGUUAACUCAGGGCAGUUUGAGGGGAGGAAUGUCAAUGCGUCACAUCCCCUAAUCCCUGUCUGGAAUCACAGGGCCACUUGUGCUUAUUUCUUUUUUUUUUUUCACUGUGGCCCAGGCACAACCUCAGUGUUUAGAUGAAAAUCAAGAAAUACUGAAAUGAUGCAUUUUCUUUUAAUGGCUUCACCUGCCAUUGCUGUUGGUUGCCUCUAGCCACUUGAACAGUUUUUUAAAUACUAGCAGUAUAAAUACUAUCAGUAUUCACCUGUUCACUCACAUUCCAGGUUUUAAUAUAAAUAAUAUGAUAAUGCAGUUUCCAAAAUGAGGACAAGACUUAUAUUAGUAUUUGAUUAAUUCCCUUUUAACAUCUUAAGCUGGUAAUGCAUGUUGAUCAGAAAUUGCUCUCUCUUGCCAGUGUCCUGUACUCGGAUGCGAUUCCAAGAACUUUAGGAUAUAUGAAGGUAACUCCAAGCCUUGGGAAACUGCUAUUUCAAGUAAUAACGAUGACUGUGAGCA